CCGUCCCCCUUCCUUCCUGUACCCCGGUUGAGGAAGUGAAUUCGCUGACAAGGCUGGGUUCAGUGAGGGAGGCGAAACAACAUCUAUCUGGUGGGGGUAAAAACAACAAUAGCAUAGACGAACAAGUCGUGCAAGCACAAUACAACGAACGUGUAAAGCCAUCGGCGAAAACAUAUUUGCCCUCCGAGAUCGUCACCGAGCGCCGCAGACAUGAAUGACCAGCAGCUGGAUUGUGCUCUGGACCUGAUGAGGCGUCUGCCUCCCCAGCAGAUCGAGAAGAACCUCAGUGACCUCAUCGACUUGGUGCCCAGUCUAUGUGAGGACCUGCUCUCCUCUGUGGACCAGCCUCUGAAGAUCGCCCGGGACAAAGUGGUGGGCAAAGACUACCUGCUCUGUGACUACAACAGAGAUGGGGACUCCUACAGAUCCCCGUGGAGUAAUAAGUAUGAGCCUCCCAUCGACGAUGGUGCCAUGCCAUCUGCCCGCCUGCGCAAGCUAGAGGUCGAGGCCAACAACGCUUUCGACCAGUACAGAGACCUGUAUUUUGAGGGCGGUGUUUCCUCUGUAUACCUGUGGGACUUGGAUCAUGGCUUCGCCGGGGUCAUCCUCAUCAAGAAGGCUGGAGACGGCUCCAAGAAGAUCAAAGGCUGCUGGGACUCCAUCCAUGUGGUGGAGGUGCAGGAGAAGUCCAGCGGACGGACCGCUCACUACAAACUCACCUCCACUGUCAUGCUGUGGCUUCAGACGACCAAGACCGGGUCCGGAACCAUGAACCUGGGUGGCAGUCUGACAAGACAGAUGGAGAAAGACGAGACCGUUGGAGAGUCCUCCCCACACAUUGCCAACAUUGGCCGCCUGGUGGAGGAUAUGGAGAAUAAGAUUCGCUCCACUCUCAAUGAGAUCUACUUUGGGAAGACCAAGGACAUCGUCAAUGGCUUGAGGAGUGUUCAGACCCUGGCUGACAAAUCGAAGCAGGAGGCUCUGAAGAACGACCUGAUGUUGGCACUUAAACGCAAACAGCAAAGCUAGAGAUGCUAUUGUUAUUUUUUCUGUCUUUCUCUGUCUGUUCCUCUCACACCCUCUUCCACCUCUCCCGCCAUAUUUGUUCUGUUUCUGUUUGUAUCUCUCCUUCCAUCCCUGUAUGCCUGUUUCAGUGCUGCGUCCUUGUUCAUUCAUGGAAAAACAAAAAAAGGAGAAAAAUGGAUAAGCAUUUGUUUUAUUUGCACACAUUGUUUUGAGGCAUCUCAUUCUCUAUGGAGCCAUUCACCUUCUCGCUCUCUCUGACUUGUUAUGAAUAGUAUGAUAGUAUUAUGACGGUUAAUGAUAAUCUUACAGUGUGACGGUAAUGUUUUUAUCCCUAUAGCGCUCUCACAGCUGAGUCAGUUUUGAAUGAGUGACAUCAGCUCUCCUAUCCUCUGGUUAAGGGACGGGGCUGACGGACUGUUCUGUAGAUGGAGCAGGCUGGGCAUACAAACAUGACAUUUUUACCAACAUUUUCUUACUUGCACCCAUUAUAUCAGUGUCUAUGCCACCACCUUAUAUAUCUGUAUGGACAUAUAGCUGUCAAUAUAGCUGUCAAUUUCCUGAGCGAUGUAUUGGAGGGAACGGAAUGGGAGGGCGCGUCUCACGAUAUUAUGUAUGGUCAGGAUUGGUCAACGGUUUGCUCUUUGUCCCACUCUAUCCUCAUGCGUUGAGUCUGUGGGAGCAUGGGAUCUUGGGAUGGCUAGAUGGAGAUGUAGACUGCUAAAACAUGGGGAUGGACUGUUAAAUUCACUGUGUAUACCCAUUUCAUUACCCCCCUACACUGUGUAUAACAUGAUGAUUUGCAUCCCUCUGUCCCUCCCUCUGUCUCUUUCUCUCUUUCACCCUUGUCUAUGUUGGGGUUCACAGUUUGUCUUUUUGCGUCUUGACAGAAGCUUUUGACAGUUUCUGUUUUGGGGGGGAAUAUUUUGUUGUAUUUUGUUUUAAUUUUGUAAAGCUUAUGAUUCAUAUUGUAUUAGAGCCUCCAACAACAAUAAAAACAGUAAAAAGCUA